GGUGAAGCAGUAAGAGAAGGGACGCGAUGGAAAGGGGGAGUUGAUGGAGUAGAGGGAGGGGUGAGCAGCGGUAGCAGCAGCAGCAGCAGCGGCAGCCUCGCCGAGACGUCCCCGAGUCCCCAUGACUCCCGCGCGCGUGCCGGGCGCGUGCCCCUCCUUGUCCACGUUCCCCUGGCGGGGCCGCGCGUCGAGGCGCGCGCCCAGCUCCCGUCCAAGAAUGCGCUGCUGCCAUUGCUGAUGCUGCUGCUGGUGCUGCUGCUGCUGAUGAUGGUGGCGAUGGUGGUGAUGUGGCGUGGUGUGCGUCGGACGCGUUUUGGCUGCGCGCUGCUGCUGCCGCUGCUGCUGACGCUGCUUCUGCUGCGGCUGCCGGGACCCGAGCGCGACCUCUCGCCGGGUCCCCUCGGCGCUCAGGGGGCCGCGGCCCCCGUCGAUGACCGGCGAGGAACGGGGGCCCGGAUCCACGGUGGGGUAGCCGCGAGGGGGCAGGGAUCGCUGCGGGGUUCGGGCAGCACCCUGUCGGGGGUCUUGCGCGCGGCGCAGCGUGAGGGGCGAGCGGCGAACCCCGUGGUGCCGGAGCCCUCUUUGGGGGUCGACCCCCCGCUGGGACCCCCUCUGGACCCCCGCGAGAUCUUCUUGGCGGUGAAGACCACGCGUCGCUUUCACGAGGAGCGGGUGGCGCUGCUGUUGCGCACCUGGGUCUCGCGAGCGCGCGCGCAGACGCACAUCUUCACGGACGAGGUGGACGAGAAGCUCCUGGCUGCAGCAGGUCCCCGGCUUAUCGCCACCAACUGCUCCUCCAUCCACAGCCGCCACGCGCUCUCGUGCAAGAUGGCGGUGGAGCUGGACACGUACCUCGUGUCCGGGAAGACCUGGUUCUGCCACGUGGACGACGACAACUACGUGAACGUGGGGGCCCUGGCGCGCGCGCUGGGAGCCUACCCCAGCUCGGGCGAGGUGUACGUGGGCCGGCCCAGCCUGGACCACCCCAUCCAGGCCCUGGAGCGCGUGGGCAACGUCUCGAGGCCCGUCACCUUCUGGUUCGCCACGGGCGGCGCCGGAUUCUGCCUCAGCCGCCCGCUGGUGCUGCGCAUGCGGCCCUGGGCCAGCGAGGGGGAGUUCGUCCGCACGAGCGAGCGGAUCCGGCUGCCCGAUGACGUCACCGUGGGGUACAUCGUGGAGGCGCUGCUGGGAGGCCGCCUCUCAGCGUCGCCUCUCUUCCACUCACACCUGGAGAACCUUCCCCUGCUGCCUGCAGGGCGCCUCAGCCAGCAGGCGACGCUGAGCUACGGGGUGCUGGACCGGAAGAGGAACGUCAUCACCCUGCCGGGUCCCUUCCCCCUUCACGCGGACCCCUCCCGGUUCCUGAGCCUGCACUGCCUGCUGUACCCCGACACCAGCUGGUGUCCACGGGGGACCCUGAGGUGACGACUGGGGGGGGGGGGGGGGGCGGACAAGGAGAGACACCUGGGACCCUGAGGAGACACGUGGGACCUCGAGGAGACACGUGGGGGUUAUCCAGAGACACCUGGGACUCCGAAGAGACACGUGGGACCCCGAGGGGACACGUGGGGCCCCGAGGAGACACGUGGGGGUUAUCCAGAGACACCUGGGACUCCGAAGAGACACGUGGGACCUCGAGGAGACACGUGGAGUUCAUCCAGAGACACGUGGGGCCCCCCAAGAAGAGACACGUAGCGGGGACCCCCUCCCCGACUCCGGCGGGUGUGCGAGUGUAAAUACGAGACCGGAGGCGCUUAUUUAUUGGAUGCACUUUUUUGUCGUGUGAAUUCUCGCCGGCCCGGGGAGGUGUCCGCGACCCGAAUUAAUUGGGUGCACUUUGUGAGCCCGCCGCUCCACUGUGGCCUGUCCCGCCGCUCCACCGUGGCCUGUCCCACCGCUCCAGCGUGGCCUGUCCCGCCGCUCCAGCGUGGCCUGUCCCACCGCUCCACUGUGGCCUGUCCCACCGCUCCACCGUGGCCUGUCCCACCGCUCCAGCGUGGCCUGUCCCGCCGCUCCACCGUGGCCUGUCCCACCGCUCCACCGUGGCCUGUCCCACCGCUCCAGCGUGGCCUGUCCCACCGCUCCACCGUGGCCUGUCCCGCCGCUCCACCGUGGCCUGUCCCACCGCUCCACCGUGGCCUGUCCCACCGCUCCACCGUGGCCUGUCCCACCGCUCCACCGUGGCCUGUCCCGCCGCCGCCGCCGCCAUCGCCGUCGUAGUUUCCGCGAGCGUUAUUUGUGAGGCCCCCAGGGGCCUCCAUCCGGUCUGGUGGCCCGGCCCAGGGAAGAAGAACGACGAGCCCCCCCCCCCACCCCCUCUUAAAAUUUUAUUAUUGAGUUAAACACGUGGGCACGCAUAAUGCGCAUGCAUAAUGUACGUUGGCUCAUUAAUCCUCCCCCCGCCAACUUUACGCAAGAGCGCAGAAGUGCGGUCACCGCAUCUACGCCUCUAUAUAAGGA